AUGUCUGACUCAGAGGGAGCGAUGAGCGGAGAGGACUACUAUGAGGAGGACGAGUAUGCCGAGGAGGAGGAAGAUGAUAUGGAUGAAUACACGGCAGACGACAACGAGGAUGAAAUCGAGGAAGAGGAUGAUUUGAUACAGGAGGACAUCCCCUUCCAUGAAGACGACAGUGUGGCCAGGGAGGAGCGGGGAAAGCUGCACCGCAAGCACUACCGCUGCUUGACCCAGAAGGAGCUGCGCGAGCUGCAGGACGCCCACAUACGCCAGGCUAACGAGUUUCUCAACGUCAAUACGGCGCUGGUGCGCAUCGUGCUCAAGCACUUCAAGUGGGACGUGGAGAAGCUGCUGCAACAGUGGAUGGAGGAGGGCAAGGACAACGUGUUCAAAAAGGCCGGCGUGCAGCUGCACGAGGAGGACGAGGCGCCGACCGAGGACAAGCCACAACCACCGGCCAAGGACGCCACCGUCAAGGACUGCGAGAUCUGCUACGGCGAAAUCAGCCCCGACGAGUCUUACGCGGUAUCGUGCGGCCACACCUUUUGCGGCGAUUGCUGGGGAAACUACCUCACCCUCAAGAUCAACGAAGAGGGCCAGAAAUCGAGCCACCUCACCUGUAUGGGACACAAAUGCAACGUGCGCGUGGACGAAGCCACUGUGGAAAAGUUGGUCGCACCCGACGUGUUUGACAAAUACAUGGGCUUCCUCCUCAGUGCGUAUGUGGAUGACCAUCCGCUCUUGACCUGGUGCCCUGCCGCCGGGUGCGGCCGAGCGAUCAAGAUCACGCCCGGUCCUACAAACGUGGGUGUGCUCUGCGACUGCCAGCACCUGUUCUGCUUCGAGUGCGGGCAGGAAGCGCACGCGCCCGCCACAUGCGGCAUGCUGGUGGCUUGGAAGGCCAAGGCCAAGGACGGCAGCGAGACCACCAACUGGUUGCUGUCGCACACCAAGUCCUGUCCCAAGUGCGGCAAGCCCGUGGAAAAGAACGGAGGCUGCAACCACAUCACCGUGUACCAGCACUCGUGCAACGCCUUCGAUGACAAGAACGCCUUCUCGUUCGAUGCGGCCCAGCGCGCUCAGGCCAAGCUCGAGCGCUACCUCCACUACUCCACUCGCUACGACAACCAUGCCAAGAGCAAGGAACUGGAGUCGAAGCUGAUGGGCACCAUGAAGCAGAAGACGAUCGAACUGGGCGAGAUGGACACCGGCAACUCGUCGUGGAUCGACCUCCGGUACCUCGAGGAGUCCACCAGGCAGCUCUUCCUCUGCCGAGACAUCCUGAAGUGGACGUACGUGUUCGCCUUCUUCAUGUUUGACAAGGACGAACAGACGCCGGCCAUCCUCAAGCCCUUCAAGCCCUUCGUGGGGCCGAGGGACGUGGCUCAGGCCAAGGAGCAGUUCGAGUACCACCAGGAAGAACUUGAGACCACCACAGAGAGACUCUCGGGCCUACUAGAGAAAACGACGACGCAGAUCUUGGAGGACAAGAACUACAGGAUCAACGUGAUCGAUGUCACCCGGCUGGCGCUGAAUAAGUUCAACGCCAUGUUCGGGUCGGUGGAGUGGAUCCAGGAGAAGGUGGCGAUGGGUAGCUUCCAGAAGGAGGAGAAGCUGAUGCCGGCCGCCAAGAAGUCCAAGGUCGAGCCGAAGCCGGCCAGCUCCGCCUCCAACAACCGGGCCGCCCUGUUCGGCUCGGGACGGCGUCGCGGAAACCACAGACAACAGCCGCCCGUGCCCCAGCCUGAGCCCACCGAAGAAGAUGUCGAGGAGGAGCUUGAGCGAGUCGAAACGGACACGGGCAGACGCAGGCGAACUGCCGCCGACGAGGAGGAAGAGCUGAGAAGAGCGAUCGAGGAGUCGAUGAAGGAAUUCGAACCUCCCACCCCCGCAGCUGGUGCCGGAGGUGGUGCAGUGGACGAGGAUGAAGAGCUGCAGCGAGCCAUCCAGGCCUCUCUGAACGACAUGUGA